CACAAAUUCAGUUUCAUUUCUUUAUGCAGUUCUUGGAAAUCCGCCGUGGCUGCAAUGAUUUGGCCAUCGCCAUUUCUUCAAAACUUCAUUCUUUGUUUCAUUUUCAUUCCUCUUUGUUGCUCUCAGUCCACUUUCCCUCAGAAUAUUGAAACUUCUUAUCCUUUCCCAUCGACAUUUCAUGUCCCACUCACCAACAAUACUUCAGACAAUCUGUCAACCAUCUCAUGGCGGCCUUCCCCACCACCGCCGUCACAUUUACCACCACAAGAAGCUGUGCAGCUGCAGCUGAAGCCGAAGCACAUGUCCAAGAAAGCCACCAUCAUAACGGUGGCGAUUUCAAUUGCAGCGGCUACCCUCAUGCUUUCUCUGUGUCUCUUCUUUUACAUCCGAAGAUGCAUUCUUGCAGAACACAAGGAAGAACAAGAUGACAGAACUUCACAAUCCCGGGAAGGUCAGGCUUUGGUGAGUCGGAAAGAAUUUACAAGAUUCAAUGGUAACUUUAAUGGGUUCAUUCUUGAAGAAAAUGGUCUGGAUGUGAUCUACUGGAAAAACCCUGCAGGGAGAAAGUCGAAGAAAAAUGAAGAUGAAGAAUUGGGUUUUGUAAAAGAGGGAGGAAGGAAGCCUCAGAGAGUACAAGAAACUCCUUUGCUCAUGUCUUCAACAAAAAUAGAGGCUCGUGAUUACUCUCUCUCUAGUUCACAAAAAUUGCCAUGGCUGCCUCCUCCUCCACCAGCGCCCCCAAGAAAACCUCCACCAGCGCCACCACCAAAGGCAGUUGCCAAUUCAGGAUCAUCUUCAGCAGGGAAUGAUCAGACUAGAUUGAAGCCAUUACAUUGGGAUAAGGUUAAUACAAAUGUAGAUCAUGCAAUGGUGUGGGACAAGAUUGAUGGCGGUUCUUUCAGGUUUAAUGGCGACCUUAUGGAAGCUCUGUUCGGAUAUGUAGCCACAAACAAGAAAUCACCACCAAAGCAAAGUGGCAACCAUGAGCAAACAAAAUCAUCAAGCCCCAACAAUGGCGGGCAAGUACAAAUCUCAAUCCUCGAUUCCAGAAGAUCGAGAAACAUUGCAAUAAUCCUUAAAUCUCUGAACAUAUCUCGGCAAGAACUUCUUGAUGCUCUCAUGGAGGGACAGGGCCUAGACUCAGACACACUCGAGAAGCUUGUCAAGAUCACUCCAAACCAAGAACAACAAUCCCAAAUUCUUGAAUUUGAUGGCGACCCAUUAAAGCUUGCGGAUGCAGAAUCUUUCAUUUUCCACCUUCUUAAGGCUGUUCCAACAGCCUUCACUCGUCUGAACGCCAUGCUUUUCAGAUCAAACUUCAAGUCAGCGAUUAUUCGUCUCAGGGACUUUUCACAAACACUUGGUGUGGGUUGCGAAGAGCUAAAGAAAAAAGGGCUAUUUACAAAACUGUUAGAAGCAACUCUCAAAGCUGGAAACCGAUUGAAUUCAGGAACCACAAGAGGAGGUGCAGAAGCUUUCAAUCUCGAAUCACUCUUAAAACUCUCAGAUGUGAAAAGCACAGAUGGAAAAACCACAUUGUUUCACUUCGUUGUUGAAGAAGUGAUGAAAUCCGAAGGGAAAAAACGAUUCCUAAACAAAAAUUCAAAAACUCCCAUACUGGAAAAGGAAAGAGAAAACGAAUACACAAUACUCGGAUUAUCAGCAAUUGAAUCACUCACCUCAGAGCUCUCCAACGUCAAGAAAGCAUCCACAAUCGACUACGAAGCCUUCAUUGCCAGUUGCCCUAAUCUCUUAAUCCAAAUUUCAGGGAUACGUAAGCUUCUAUCGAAGGAAGGAGGUGAAUAUAAGCGGAAAAUGAUGAGUUUUGUCAAAUCGGCAGAGGAAGAACUUGAGACAGCAAGAAGAGAACAAAAAAGGGUGUUGGAGAUUGUGAAGAAGACGAAUGAGUACUUCGAAACAGGGGAUAGAGAAAAUCCACUAGAGCUAUUUGUGAUAGUGAGGGAUUUUGUGAACAUGUUAAAUCAAGUGGGUAGUGAAAUAGGUGGGAAUUUAAAGGGGAAGAGUAAGAUGGAAAUUUUGGAUGGAUUUGCGCCAUUGAAGAGCUCUUUGAGCUUGAGCUUUCCAUGUAUGGCGGAGUGUAGAAGUUUUUCGAGCGAUUUUACAGAUGACAGCUUCUGAAUUCUGCCUUUGUUUUAUACUUUGUAAUUGCAUU